AUGUCUCAUUUUAAAGGAUCAAACCAAACAAACAACGAGAACCAUGUAAUUCAAUUAUCGGGAGACUUAACUUCUCCAGUGACAUUAGAAACACCAGCUCCCUCAACAACACUGGAAUCCCCAACUAUAUUAGAAUCACCCAAAAUUAAUUCAAUCCAAGAAAGCAAAAGAAAGAUGUUACUACUAAGCCUAUUAAUGAUAUUUGUUGAUAUCAUCUUACCGCUCAUCCUUUAUUCGAUUCUUUCAAGAUUUAUAUCUGUCAUUUUGGCACUAAUCAUAUCAGGUAUCCCACCGAUUAUUUCUAUUAUCCUUAAUUUCAUCUUUCGCAGACAAGUCAACGCCACGGGAAUACUCAGUUUGACAGGUUUUACUGCUGGAGUUAUAAUGUCAAUAAUUCAAGGUGAUGCUAGGUUAUACCUAUUGCGAGAACCAAUUAUGACUUGUGCAAUAGGCCUAGUACUCUUUAUCACUUUGAUUCCGAUAAAAGUCGGUUCAUUCCAAAUGCGACCUUUAUUAUAUAAUUAUGCUAAAAAUCUUGGAAUAGGUAAUCUUAAAGGUUUAACCGAAGAUGAACCUAUUCCUGAGCGUUGGGAAAGGUAUUGGAGAGCUUACGCUGAGUUUCGACGAACAUUUUUUGUCUUGACUGCUGUUUGGGGAUUUGGUUUAAUUCUUGAUGCUCCUGCUCGUGUUCUAGUUAUUUACAAUGCAAAAACAAUUGACCAAGCAGUUUAUUUUGGAGUUGUUGCUGGUUUUAUUUGGAUUAAUUGUUUAAUUGUAUUUACCAUUAUUUAUGCUGGAUGGAGGAAAAAUUUAUUUGAGAAACAAAUUAAAAAGGAAGAGGCAGCCACCGCAGUUGCUACAGCCAAUAAGGAAGUUUAA